AAAACCUGGUUCAACUCAAUCUCGACUUCGUUUUUGACGACGCGAUCGCACAUGCUAUGGGAGCGACGUCUCCCACAGGUCGACUCGACAUGCCCGUACUCGAAGAGCUCUCCAUGGGUGGCGUCCACUUCCGGGAAUCGUAUGUGGUACCCUACCCUCAGGCUCCCUUGCCGCCCAAGCUCCGUUACCUCACUCUCACCGAUUACGACUCGCAGAAUAUACCUUUCUCUGUUUUCGAUUUCGUAACGGCUCUCAUUACCUGCAAGAACUUGUUCAGACUCCAUCUCAAAAACCUUCGGCUCGACAUCUCUGACACUGGCACGUCCUCUCCACGUCAGCCACCUUGGAACUACAACUUCGGCUUUAACUUGGACUUCACUGACAUGUCUGGCGAUGUCAUUGCGGAGCUCAAUCGCCUCCUACAGUACGUCUUGGCCGAUUCGGCCUCUUACACAUGCUGCUCGAUGCCCAUCCGCAAUACAUUUCCGCUCUGGUGUGUGUGCGAUGCCUUCCGCGUCUCCUUUGUCGAUAUCGCAAGCCCUAUGGUGCUCGUGAAUCUCCUAGCCGGCGAAGCGUCCUACCGCGAGGUAUUGAUCAGCCGCUCUGACGGCCUCCAGUCCGAGGUGCUCCAUGCGCUCACGACGCCGAUGGCUACAGAGCAUGGCGGGGUGGAUUGGCCGUGUCCACACCUAAGGGAGCUCCAUAUCAAUUCCUGCAAGCAGUUCAGCAGCAAGGAUUUACGCGACAUGCUCGAGGCGCGCUUGAAAGCACAUGAGGAGACGGAGUUUGCGAUGGAAGACGACGGGGCCGACUUUGUGUUGAGGUCGGUCACGGAGCUCUAUGUGCACGAUUGCGGGGAGCUGGCUCCGGACGACAAGGAGUGGUUCGACAAGAACGUGGAGCGCGUGCAGUGGGACGAUUGGAGGGGAGGUACGGAGUGGCCAUGA